AUCACAACAAAUUUGCUUUCCUCUGUAAUAAACUGUUUCAGUCGAAAUGAGAAAAAAGACUUCUAAGCCUUCAUUUUCAGCCGAAAACUGGCCCAUAUGCCGAAUGUGCCUAUCAACUGAUGGCGCUUUGGAGCCGAUUACUUCCGAUGAUCGAGGCGCAUAUCUUUUGCAAAAAAUACUUACCUACACUAAUUUUGAGAUGAAGCUAUUGGCCAAAUUUCCAUCGUUCUUGUGUUCGGCUUGCAAAUCGCGCUUGGAUUCUUUGGAUAAGUUUCGCUGCCUAUGCGUUCUAAAAAAUCUAAAAGUCGAACGAUUUCGCGAAGUAGUGGACACAACGCAUUUUACCGCUGCAGAACAUCAGAACAUACAUCGAACCGAUGGCGUAGAAUCGGUGUCGGUGAAAACUGAGAUUGCCGCGGAACAUUCAAAGAAGGAUUGGCAGUCGAAUCGAAUGGAUUCUAAUUCACAACAAAUAAGCGGCACAUACGAUUAUUAUCAUCAUGACGAUUUGUUCGAGGCGGAGGAAGAAUCGCUGGAAGCACUUUUAAAACGUGAACCAAUGACCGAGCAAGAACAACCAUCGGAUGCAGAUCUGAAACAUGAACAUAAUAUUCUCAAAACGGAUCCUUCCGAUUUCAACUGUAAGUUUCAAGAAGAAGCUUCUAUGGCAAGGAAGCCCAUUACGAGUCAUGACGACUCUAUUUCGGUUUCGGAUCAAAACAAAUCUUGUAUCACGCAUGGCGCCGACGGAUCUACAUCGAUUCAACUGGAACGUAAUGCUGAGGAAGAUUCAGGAUAUACUUGUUACACAUCUUUCUCGACAGUUGACGAGCAGCAACUGUUGCCGUCGAAUGAACACCGAAGUCCCCGGCAAGAUAUCACCGUAGUAGAGUCCCCAAAGUCGCCAAAGCAUGAUUCAAAAAUUAAUACUGAUUUCCAUAGAAUCAAACAAAAACUCCAAUCUCCAAAACUCCAAUCAAAAACUCAUCUCCGCACUCACGCCAGGAAGAAGUCAUUUCAGUGUGAAAUAUGUGACAAAGCGUUCCAUGCCAAAACCCUCCUGCAAAAACAUAUGCACAUUCAUAACAAGGAUCAACAGUGUCCUCAGUGUCCACAAAGGUUCGCGAGGACACGUGAACUAAAAAAUCAUAUAAGGACGCACACCGCUGAGAAGCCAUUCCAGUGUAAAGUGUGUGACAAGGCGUUUCAUACGAAAGAUAACCUGAAUCGACAUACGAAAAUUCACAACAAGGAUCAACAUCAUCAGUGUCCACAGUGUCCACAAAAGUUCACUAGGUCUUUUGAACUGAAGUAUCACAUAAGGACGCACACCGGUGAGAAGCCAUUCCUGUGUGAGGUCUGUGGCAGAACGUUCUAUACGGGACACUACUUGUCUACCCAUUCGAAAAUUCACAACAAGGAUCGACAAUAUCAGUGUCCGCAGUGUCCAAAAAGGUGCGCACAAUUAACUCAACUAAAGAAUCACAUAAAGACGCACACAGGUGAGAGGCCAUUCCAGUGUAAAAUCUGUGACAAAACGUUUCACGCGAAAAGCACUUUGGGAAAGCAUAUAAAAAAUCACAACAAGGAUCAACUCCUUCAGUGUCCGCAGUGUCCACAAAGGUUCGCGAGGGCAUGUGAACGAAAGAAUCACAGAAGGACACACACCGGUGAGAAGCCAUUCCAGUGUGAGGUCUGUGACAAGGCGUUUCGUAUGAAAUAUAACCUGAAUCAACAUACGAAAAUUCACAGCAAGGAGCUUCAGUGUCCGCAGUGUCCAAAAAGGUUCGCGACGAUACGUGAGCUAAAGAAUCACGUAAGGACACACACUGGUGAGAAGCCAUUCCAGUGUGAGAGCUGUGGCAGAGCGUUCCAUACGGCACGCAACUUGUCUGCCCAUUUGAAAAUUCACAACAAAGAUCAACAGUGUCCGCAGUGUCCAAAAAGGCUGGCGAGUAUACAUCAUCUAAAGAUUCACAUAAGGACGCACACCGGUGAGAAGCCAUUCCAGUGUGAGGUCUGUGACAAGGCGUUUCAUACGAAAGACAACCUGAAUCAACAUACGAAAAUUCACAACAAGGAUCAACAGUGUCCGCAGUGUCCAAAAAGGUUCGCGACGAUACGUGAGCUAAAGAAUCACAGUAGGAAGCAUAGCGGUGAGAAGACAAAUUGA